CCGCCUGGGCCUGGCCGGCGCGCCCGCCGCGCUCAACACGCCUGUGCCCAUGAACCUGUUCGCCACCUGGGAGGUGGACGGCUCCAGCCCCAGCUGCGUGCCCAGGUUGUGCAGCCUGACCUUGAAGAAGCUGGUGGUGUUCACGGAGCUGGAGAAGGAGCUCGUCUCCGUGGUGAUUGCCGUCAAGAUGCAGGGCUCCAAGCGGAUCCUGCGCUCCCACGAGAUCGUGCUGCCCCCCAGUGGACAAGUGGAGACCGACCUGGCGCUGACGUUCUCGCUGCAGUACCCUCACUUCUUGAAAAGAGAAGGCAACAAGCUUCAGAUCAUGCUGCAGCGGAGAAAACGGUACAAGAACCGGACGAUCUUGGGCUACAAGACGCUGGCGGCGGGCUCCAUCAACAUGGCUGAGGUGAUGCAGCACCCGUCCGAGGGCGGCCAGGUUCUGAGCCUCUGCAGCAGCACCAAGGAGGCCUCUGUGAAGGUGGCUGAGGUCUGGAUCUUCUCCCUGUCCAGCCAGCCCAUUGACCACGAGGACAGUGCCAUGCAGGCUGGGCCCAAGGCCAAGUCCACAGAUAACUAUUCUGAGGAGGAGUAUGAGAGCUUCUCCUCGGAGCAGGAGGCCAGUGAUGACGCCGUGCAGGGGCAGGACUUGGACGAGGAGGACUUCGAUGUGGGCAAGCCCAAGAAGCAGCGGAGAUCGAUAGUAAGAACGGCGUCCAUGACCAGGCAACAGAACUUCAAGCAGAAGGUCGUGGCCUUGCUGCGAAGGUUUAAAGUGUCAGAUGAGGUCCUGGAUUCGGAGCAGGACCCUGCAGAGCAUGUCCCCGAGGCGGAGGAGGACCUGGACCUUCUGUAUGACACGCUGGACAUGGAGAACCCCAGCGACAGUGGCCCUGACCUGGAGGACGAUGACAGUGUCCUCAGCACCCCCAAACCAAAGCUCAGGCCCUACUUCGAGGGGCUGUCACACUCCAGCUCGCAGACGGAAAUCGGGAGCAUCCACAGCGUUCGGAGCCACAAGGAACCCCCGAGUCCGGCCGACGUGCCCGAGAAAACUCGAGCCCUGGGGGGCAGGCCACCGAGCGAGAGCGUCUCUGACACGGUGACCCACAGCACCCCCGCCUUGGGGGAGCAGCCGGCACAGCCUGAGGACAGCCCGGAGGUGGGGACCUCGGCCCUGGAUGUGUUCACUGAGAAGCUGCCGCCCAGUGGGCGGAUCACCAAGACGGAGUCCCUGGUCAUCCCCUCCACCAGGUCCGAGGGGAAGCAGGCCGGCCGCCGGGGCCGGAGCACAUCCUUGAAGGAGCGGCAGCCGGCGCGGCCGCAGAACGAGCGGGCCAACAGUCUGGACAACGAGCGCUGCCCGGACACGAGGAGCCAGCUGCAGAUCCCCAGGAAGACGGUGUACGACCAGUUAAACCACAUCCUCAUCUCUGACGACCAGCUCCCUGAAAACAUCAUUCUCGUCAACACCUCUGACUGGCAGGGGCAGUUCCUGUCGGAGGUCCUGCAGAGGCACACGCUGCCCGUGGUGUGCACGUGCUCCGCCGCCGACGUGCAGGCCGCCUUCAGCACCAUCGUCUCGCGGAUACAGAGAUACUGCAACUGCAACUCCCAGCCCCCGACCCCCGUGAAGAUCGCCGUGGCCGGAGCGCAGCACUACCUCAGCGCGGUCCUGCGGCUCUUCGUGGAGCAGCUCUCCCACAAGACGCCCGACUGGCUGGGCUACAUGCGCUUCCUCGUCAUCCCGCUGGGCUCCCACCCCGUGGCCCGGUACCUGGGCUCCGUGGACUACCGCUACAACAACUUCUUCCAGGACCUGGCCUGGAGGGACCUGUUCAACAAGCUGGAGGCCCAGAGCGCCGGUGAGGCCCGGGUGCAGGACACCCCGGACAUCGUGUCAAGGAUCACACAGUACAUCGCAGGUGCCAACUGUGCCCACCAGCUGCCCAUCGCAGAGGCCAUGCUGACCUACAAGCAGAAGAGGAAAAAGAACUUUCAUUUUGACUUUACCCUCAGCCCUGAUGAGGAAUCCUCGCAGAAGUUCAUCCCCUUUGUAGGGGUGGUGAAAGUUGGAAUAGUGGAACCGUCCUCAGCCACGUCAGGUGACUCUGACGACGCGGCCCCCUCGGGCUCCAGCGUGCUCUCGUCCACCCCGCCGUCCACGUCUCCCGCAGCCAAGGAGGCCUCACCCACCCCACCUUCCUCCCCGUCAGUGAGCGGGGGCCUGUCCUCCCCCAGCCAGGGCGUCGGCGCCGAGCUGAUGGGGCUGCAGGUGGAUUACUGGACGGCAGCCCCGCCUGCAGACAGGAAGAGAGAGGUGGAGAAGAAGGACCUCCCCACCACCAAAAACACGCUCAAGUGCACCUUCCGGUCUCUCCAGGUCAGCAGGCUGCCCAGCACUGGCGAGGCUGUGGCCACGCCCACCAUGUCCAUGACUGUCGUCACCAAGGAGAAGAACAAGAAAGUGAUGUUUCUGCCCAAAAAAACCAAGGACAAGGAUGUAGAGUCUAAAAGCCAGUGCAUUGAGGGUAUCAGCCGCCUGAUCUGCACGGCCAAGCACCAGCAGAACAUGCUGAGGGUCCUCAUCGACGGUGUGGAGUGGAAUGACGUCAAGUUCUUCCAGCUGGCGGCCCAGUGGUCCUCCCACGUCAAGCACUUUCCCAUCUGCAUCUUCGGACACUCCAAGUCCACCUGCUAGCCCCGCCCCGGAGCCCUGGACGGCGCGCGCCAGGGGCCCAGCUGCUUUUCUGUUAACAUUUCAGUUUACUACAGAGACACUUAAAAACACAAAGAGAAACAGUCUUAAGUAUGAAUGUGCUCUCAACCUGGAAACUCACAGGGAGGCUCCCCCCUGGGGCCUGUUAACUGCUCUGCCCGAUAACUAGACGUGCCAGCGGGGUGGGCGGUCAGGCAGACAGCGCUGAGCCUUGAGAAUCACGGAAGGUGUGUUUUGGCCUCAGGACCUCCCGAGCCCCCCCCCCCCCCCCCCCCCCCCCCCCCCCCCCCCCCCCAGCAAGAAGGGUCCUCACCUUCGUGUCCUGUCCUUCCUAAAAGCCAGGACUGCUUCCUCAGGGAACUGGGGUCAGGCGGGUGGCCGCGAAGAUCCAUGGGCUGCCUGUGGGCCCAGACACAGAGCUGGGUGGCCGAAGGCUGGAGGCCAGACAGUCCAGGCCUGAGCCCAGCCACCCACCAGCUGAGACGCCCCAAGCACCGCCCACUUGUGGUUCCCAAUAAACUCCAGCCUGAUGGGGCAGCAGAGGUUUUCUAGUAGCGGAUAUUUUUAAUGCUUUUAAAUACAUGUUAUAACGUAGCUGCCAAACAGACAUUGCUCUUCUGGUGUCCCAGCGGCCCCUUGGGGCUGGAGCAAGGCCAGCCAGCACUGUGGCGCAUCCUAGCCCCCAGCGCCCGCCUCGCCCCUGAGCCGCUCUCCCUCUGGCUGUUCUCGAGCCGUCACCAGGCUUCUGCUGGUUGUCUCUGCCCCACUCCUGGCAAGCACAGUGGCCCCCGAAGCUGGCCCCCGCCCGCUCACACUCUUCCUCCACCCAGCCCCCCGGGCCUACCUGCCGGCUGAGGCACGUCUGGGCCCAUGCACACUUCCGUGGCCAGCGAAAGCUCAGGUGCCAGGCACCAGUGGGGCCGUAGGUACAGCUGGGAGUGCCCUGCAGAGGCAGGGAGCCUCUGGACCAAGCUCCCGAGAGUGAGAGUUUGGGUCCCGCCCUGCAUGGUAGCCUCGCCCCCUGCCUUCCCGUGCAGCAGCAAAGGGACAUUCUGACCUGCAGCCAGAGUCCAGCCGGUGUCCACAGGAAGAGCCCACCAGGUCCCAUCCUUAGGCAGCUGGGACCCUGCAAUCCUGUGACCCUGGUAGCCCACCCAGGGGGCCACCCAGGCCGUGCUCAGAAAACAGUGCCAAAUGCAGUGCAGGCUGCGGGCCUCACCAACAGCCCAUGCCACAGGCAGGCCUGACCUUGGGGGAGGCGCACUCUCCUUACCUGUGACCUGCCUGCUUCCUCCCCCAAGGCAGGAAGGGGUCCCUGGGCUAGUUAGGGGACAGGACACUGGCCUCACCUUGUGUGCAACCCUGCACCAGGGCUGCCUGUGGGCAGAGGACCUUCCCCAGGAUGGCCUGUACUCCUUCUCCUCUGACGGCACCGGGGACCAGGCUGACCCCUGGCUCAGAAGGACCAGGGUCGGGGUGCUGGCCGCUGAGCCCAGCACCUCAGGCAGCCAGCAGCCACCCUCAGAAACAGGCCCUGGGUCUGUGAGCCUCCCUGGGCUGGUUCCCACCACUGGGCCCCAGGGCCUUGGUCACUGCUCCUUACGGUUCCUUUCCAAAGGUCAGACUCCACAGGAAGGAGGCACAGCUGACGUAGCUUUCUAGCUGCAGAGCUGGCUUUACAGGAAGGGACCAAAGAGAGCAGUCACCCUGUCAUGGGAUCGUUCCCUCCCCCCAAACGUGCCUCCCUGUCCCCUUACGCAGCUGCGUCCUUGUACACGCAGCGCCUCCACCCUAUGCCCCUGGGACUACAGAGCCCGGUGGCCUUCCGUCCUGUGCCUAAGUGCCAUGGGGCUCACCCGCUACACCAUCCCCGGGGCCCAGGAGGUCACGCAGACAGCCCCAGCUACCAUGAUUCUCUCAGAGACCUGUGCCUCGGUUUCCCCAUUGACUAAACAGGAAUGGUCCCAUAUGCCCUGCCUACCUCAUGGAGCUGUUCUGAGGACCCACGUAAAAGCACUUUGUCCCUCAAAGGAAGAUACAGAAGCCAAAGCCAUCUGUGAGCGAGCCGGUGUAGCUGUGGGCACUCGGAGACGGGUGUGGAGUGCGAGGCAUGUGGGCCCCAGGCAGGAGCAGCUGCCACUCACCACUGAGCAGGGCCAGGUGGGGGCCUGCGACCAACCCACCAGCCUGGCCCACUGCUUCCUCUCUCCUCCCAUAUCAGACCCCCUCCCCCCCCAGCCCAGGGUCACCAUCACCUCAGGGCUUGCAGGCCAGUGUUCUGAGUCAGUCUCGUGGCUGCAGCUCCAGGAGGGUCCCCGGAUGGCCUGCUGCACUGCCCUCACCCCCAGACGGCAGGACCUGGCCACUCUCUAGGGUCGGGCCUUUGCUCUGGAGCAGAUUCCUCAUACAAGACAGGGCCACCUGCUUCUGUGGGCCAGCCACCUGACCUGCGCUUGUCCCUCCCCGCAGUCCCCAGACCCACCCCCCAUGGGUGGAGGAGGGAGAACGCUGCCCAACGUGUCCCCCGCCUUGGACACCACGGGGUCCGAACCUGUAGGCCAAGGGGUACCCCUCUACGUUUGUGCAGACCCCAAUCCAUCCGUCGUGCAUUGUUUAGUUUCUAGGAUGUACGUGUUGCUAGGUUUUUUUCCUUUUAAAUGAAAAACAGGAUUAAUGUAAAUAGCCUUUUGGGGGAACAGAUUCUAAUCUGUCACGUAUGUGACUACGUGGACUAUUUUAAGGUGCUGACGCAAAACACUAAUAAACCUGGGGAGCAACCCCAGGCAUUCCCUGG